CUAUUACGAUGCUUUUGGACUCACUGCCGCUCAUGUUCAGAGAUGGCCGUUAAUGUUGACGGUUGUCCUAUCCGUGCUUCAUAGCCUCAUGGCUCCUCCAAGAACGAGAACGUUCUGCUAUGCAUGGUUACGACGAUCUACGUACAUUGCUCGCUUCCUUGAUCGAGACUAUUUUAGCUCGAAUCUUGGACGCUAUAAAACCAAUGAUGAGAUUUUCCUACUGACUUUGGUACCGUUCUCCCACUUUUUGUUGUUUUGUGGCUCUUACAGCUAAUGCGUUCUUUCCUCCUACCUGUCCUUUCGUUUACACUCGGCCUCGCCGCCAGUGCGUUUGCCGACCCCACACUCUCUCCUUGGCGGGUACACGAACAGCGUUCCCACAUACCCACAGGAUGGACCCGUGCACGAAAGCUCGAUUCUUCUGCAUCGAUUCCCUUACGAUUUGCGCUUGCCCAGUCAAAUAUCGAGAACAUUGAAGCACUUCUCUACGACGUGUCGCAUCCUGGUUCAUCCAAUUACGGUAACCACUGGUCUGCAAGUCAGAUCGCAGCUAAAUUUGCCCCCAAACCCGAAACCAUCGAGACCGUGCGUUCAUGGUUGAUCGAAAGCGGUGUAGAGCCCCACCGCAUGAAACUCUCUCCCACGAAGGGCUGGCUUGAAGUGGCUUCUACUGUCGAAGAGGCUGAAAAUCUUUUGCUUGCUGAAUACCAUGUGUACGAUCACGAAACCGGCACAAAACACAUUGCCUGCGAGAGUUACCAUUUACCAGAGCAUGUGAUCCCGCAUGUUGACUUCGUGACUCCUACCAUACAUUUUGAUGCCAGGAUCCAGAAGCGUGAUCAAUAUAGCAGAGUCCCGAUCGGCCAACCUGGUCAGGGUAGCACUCCUAAGACGACCGGUCACAUCGACGACAUUUUGGACCAGAUUGAGGAUUGUGACAAGCAAAUAACGCCAAUUUGCUUGAGGGCUCUCUACGGACUUUGGUACGAGCCAGUCGCCGGGAACAUCAACAGCUAUGGAAUUGUGGAAUACACCCCACAGGUCUAUGUGCAGUCUGAUCUUGACUUGUUCGCAAAGAAUUUUUCAACUGAUCUCGAGGGAGUUUCCCCUACAUUGGUCUCGAUCGAUGGAGGCAGCCUCACACCUUCUGGCUCCAGCGCUUCUGGCUCUGACGCUUCCUUCGACUACAAUGGGGAAUCCAACCUCGAUCUGGAGUACGGUAUGACCUUGGUAACAAAGAAACAAAACAUUACUCUUUACCAAGUUGGAGAUUGGGUUGAAGGUGGUUCUUUCAAUACCUUCCUUGAUGCCCUGGAUGGGACAUACUGCGCGUAUGAUGGCGGUGAUGAUCCCUCCCAGGAUCCUGUUUAUCCUGACACUGCUAGUGGCGGAUACAACGACGAUGAGGAUUGCGGAACUGUCCAGCCCGCAAACGUCAUUUCUACAUCCUACGGAUACAAUGAGGCCGACCUCUCUGCCGCUUAUGCUAUUCGCCAAUGUGAUGAGUACGCGAAGCUCGGCCUCAUGGGUGUUACUUUCCUCUUCAGUUCGGGAGACGAGGGCGUUGCAGGGAACACAGGGAACUGUUUAAAUGCCGAUGGUAGUCAAACCUGGGACGGUAAAAUCUUCAAUCCCUCCUUCCCUGCUACAUGUCCAUAUGUCACUGCGGUCGGUGCCACCCAAGUUAGCCCUGGCCAAAAUGUAUGGGAACCCGAAAACGCAUGUGAACAAGUCAUUUACUCUGGCGGUGGAUUCAGCAACUAUUUCAGUAUGCCCGACUAUCAGAAGGGUGCGGUCAAAGGGUAUCUAGCAGCUAAUCCGAUCUCGUACUCGAAGGAUAUCUAUAACUCUACCGGAUCCCGUGCAUAUCCCGAUCUUUCCGCCAAUGGAGCGAACUACGUCGUUGCUAUCGAUGGUAGUUUCCAGCUCGUGUAUGGGACGUCCGCGGCUUCACCUGUCGUCGGUGCUAUCUUGACCAUGGUGAACGAUGCUCGCAUCGCGCGCGGCAAACCAACUCUUGGGUUCAUCAACCCCACUAUCUACUCCACUGCUUUCGUACCUAGCUUUAAAGAUGUCACCAACGGAACGAACCCAGGGUGUGGCACUCUGGGAUUCAAUGCAACUAAAGGUUGGGAUCCCGUCACCGGCCUCGGGACGCCAUACUUUCCCUCUCUGCUUGCCAAGUGGCUGUCUAUUUAAACUCUUUCUAAGCAGAGGACUUUCACUAUACUCGGACUCGGACCAUAUUCAUACCUCCCGCACUGACUACUUUUUGACAAGACUUGCAU